AUGGCAGUCCUGAAGCCCCCUUCUGCGUUCAUGCUUCCUACUUCUACCUCCCCUAGAGUUAUUACCAUAAAACAACCACCAUCCACUGGUUCUCAGACUCUAUCACCUGAUUUGAGAGACGUAUGUUUACAAGCAUCUGACAAUUCCACCAGUAGCUCAGUUUCCCGCUUGGUGCAGUAUAUUUCUGAUAUCACAUCUGGUGAUACAAGUGAUGAGACUCUACAUGAUGAGGUGGCUGAUGUUCAGUUUCAGCCUCUUUGGGAGGCGCUGAACAACAUGGGCUCUUUAUAUGUGGAGCAGACUGAGAGGGUUCAGAAACUCUCCGCAGCAGUUCACCGGACUGUCCCGGUUACCAUGGAACAUCAGAGAAUUGUUCAGAAUCUCGAGGCAGAGAAAACACGUUUUGGGGCACAGAUUGAGGAGAUGGCUGAGACGAUUUCACUGUUGGAGAAAAGAAUGGAAUGUCAAGGAAGGGUGCUGGCUAUCCAGGAGAAAACUCUCACAACUGACGGAACUUAUCAGAAGAUGCUGGAAGCUUGGCGAAACAAAGUUUUACAGAUGUUGGUUGAAAAAGAAAUGGUAAACAUUGAGGAGAAGAGAGAGUGCUUCUCGUUGCAGUCCCAAGUUGAUAAGUUGGAGAAAUUGCGACAGAAGCACGAAGAUGAAAUAGAACUCUUGACAAACAAAAACUCCGACCUACGUGCUAAUCUGAGGUUGAAGGACAAGCACAUACAGCAGAUCACAAACGAGUUGUCUGUCGCCAAACAUUCCGAACUCAAGUACGAUCAGCUUAACAUCUUUAUCAAUAACACAUGCAGUAACCUUACUGAUAACAUCUUCAACAUGGGGGAGAACUUCGAGAAGUUUCUACCAAAUCAGAAUGUCAUUUCAGAAAAGCUUUCUUGUUACGAGGAGCAAAUAGAACGAGUAUCAGAUAAAUUAACUGUGUUGCAGUCUCUGUACGCAGAAAAAGAGAAGUUUUAUUCUGAAAAGCUGGAGCAUCUUCUGAUCGAACACACUCAGCCUUUUCUACCCGUCCCAAAAUGCAGUGCUCCCUCGCAAACUGAGCUAGCUUGGGAUGAGCAUGAGAGGAACAUCAGUUCAUUGGAAGAAAAACUAAAGGAACAGGGACAUAAAACAAGCAAGUUGCUCGUGGAGAAAGGUGUUGUGUCCUCCCACCUAGCUGAGACUGAAGCAGCGAAAUGUGAUCUAAAACACGAGUUAGAUUAUCUCAGAAACCAGGUAACAACCCUAACAAAGCGCCACAGUGAGGAGGUCACAGCACUACAAAAACGAGAGAGCAAAGCAGCAAUCCGAGCAAAACACCUGGAGAGAGAAGUGGGAAAGAAGGAGGUGGAGUUGCAGGGUUUGGAGAGUGGGUUCAGAGAGAGGUGGGAGACGGAGGUGGAGAGGUUCAGGGAGACGGUUAGUAGUUUGGAGAAUGAGAACCUAGAUCUGAAGCAGGCUUUGAGGAAGGGAUGA